GCUCAGUCAGCACCUGAUUGCGCAGAAUUGACAUAGAUAUAAGAUAUUGCAGAUAUUUUCUUUUUUACUUACAAUCUUAAACAAUCAAGGUAUUUAUCUUAUUUACUACUUCUACAUAUAUCGUGAUUUCCUUUCCUUGGUUUGCCUAUAACCUAUACGGCUGUGAAUUAUUCUCUAAAAUGCAGCCUGAAGAUAUCCCGCAGCGUGAGGCUGUUCACAAUUUUCAGCCUAGCGAUGAGUGGAAGCUCGAGCAGGGCCUAGUAGGAGUAGAGUUGCAAAUGCUUGACCAAACGAAACAUAACGAGGUAAACGGCGAUGUUACAGGUUGGGAACGAGCGAUCCAGCCAAUUACGAAAAAGUUCGAUAGUAAACUAGCCGUCGACGAAUUGGUGGGCUGGGAUGGCUAUGUUGAAUGGGAAGACUACCCGGACAAGAAGCGCAGGGCGCAUGAGAUCCUCGUCUCUCAAACUUUCCCUCCGCCACCCGAAUUCCAGUUGGCACCCAUUCCUAGUACCAAUCCAGUUCUUGAAGGAAUCCGCUGGAAACUAUGGCAUCGAGCCAUUGGCGGCCGUCUAGCAGUAGUUCCAGAAGAAUCCUGGGCUAUCGUGCUAAAAGAAAAGUCACCGGAUAUGCUGCAUCUCCUCCAGUUCCCAUACAAUGGCGAACCACCUAAAAAGCUCGUAACCGCCCAGCCGGUGACACCGAAUCCUCUGCACUUUAUCCGCAAUCACGGUGGCAUCCCGUCCAUCGAUCCGUCUGCGUGGUUCCUCCGUCUGGACGGCCUGGUAAAGACACCCCAGAAGUUAACGCUGUCGGACCUUCAGGACGAGAGCCGGUUUCCACGCAUGGAGAGGUUGGUAACUAUUCAAUGCAGCGGUACACGGCGCAUCGAGCAGAUAAGCUUGUACGCUGGCGAAGGAGACGAAAUGAUCAAUGCCCCUUGGGCGGAGGGAGCCAUCGGAACAGCAAAAUACGUGGGAGUGUCACUUAAGAAGGUAAUAAAGUAUUGCGGCGGGCUUGAAGAUGGUGCGAAGCAUCUGGAGCUCGUUGGUGCCGAUACGUACUUCAAAACGAACGAGGUCAUGAACUACGCCAUCAGCGUGCCUUAUUCCAAGGUUAAAUCUCAUGAGGUUAUGCUCGUCUGGGAAAUGAAUGGGGAACCUCUUCCCAAGAUCCACGGCGCACCGGUUAGAGCGGUAGUGAUGGGCUAUAUAGGUGCUAGGAGUGUCAAGUGGCUAUAUCGCAUAACCGCAAUACCGGAACCGACGAGAGCCCCGGUGCAGAGCAGAGAAUACCUAUACUUCAACCAACAAGUGGGCAAGCAUAACCAACGUUGGACUGAUGGAAUUCAGAUACAAGAAAUGCCUGUGAGCAGCGCUAUCAUGUCUCCUUGGAAUAAGCAGGUCGUACUACACGAGGGGAAAAUCGAAGUUAAAGGAUGGGCGUACUCAGGGGGUGGCCGUUGGCCCGAGAGAGUCGAGGUCAGCGCCGACGGUGGAUUCUCGUGGUAUGCCGUACCGACAGAAAAUCUAAGCCCCAAGCAUAAAUUCGCUUGGCGCAUCUGGCACACGUGGUUGCCUUGCGAUGUUGAGGGAUGGAUAGAGAUUGUAGUACGGUGCUGGGAUAACAGCCUCAACACUCAACCGACCGAGGUUAGGAACACAUGGAAUUGGGGUCUGCAUGUGACGAGCAGCGCUCAUCGGAUCAAAGUAUACAGCGUGAACAAUACCAAGGAAAAGACCAGAGAGAGGCUGGGAGAAUUUGAAAGACGAGGCAUAUCGUUCGUACCUAUUACACGACCGACCGAGUUUCCCUAUAUGACUUGGGAGGAGUAUGAGGAGUAUUUUAGGAAGAAUGGACCUAGAGAUGUGGACGAGUAGCGUGAUUCUAUUGCUAGUAGGUGUUUGAUACAUGAAUAUGAGUAUAGGUCUGAUAUGGUGGUGAACUUAUAUAUCGUUACUUAAAGAAUGACCUUGAGCCCUGGUAAUAUAAUUGCUGCAUAGGUAAAUGGUGGACACAUGACGUUGGAAUGAAAGCUUGUGAUUAGCUGUCGAUAAGGAGGCUCGUCAGGCGGGAUGGGUAACCGAAGAGUCUUGUUGAAGAGCUUGGCACCGGCAAUUCUUAUUAGAAUGGCAUCUAGAUAGACGGGACUUAUCCUAGGAUACCGGCAGCACACGUGCGUAUAGUUAAGUGAAAGGGUAUUGACUUAUAGUUUCACACACGUGGCGGUUGUUAAAUUGUAAAUUGAAAAUUGUAACGAUGCUAUCUAAUAUGUAACUUGACAUAGUAGAAGAGGUUAAAAGGGGAAAGGGACGAGCCUUAUGCAUGUGCCUUGAAGCUUGUGUGGUUAAUU